AUGUCUGUUUCCAGGACCCUCUUCAGCUGGGCUUACGGUCUCAUAGCGAAAGUACCGCGCCCGCCUGGAAAGGCCUACCUCCAGGGCAACUUUGGUCCUGUCGAGGACGAGAAGGAGCUCGAGGAGCUUGAAGUGGUGGAGGGCAAGCUGCCGGACGGCUUGGAAGGCUGCUAUGUCCGUAACGGCCCUAACCCCUUCUACAAACCCGUCGCUGGAUACCAUUGGUUUGACGGGGAUGGUAUGCUGCACUUGGUACGGCUGAAGGACGGCAAGGCCUCGUACUGCAACCGUUACGUGGCUACGGAGCGCCUAAAGCAGGUAGCCCCCCCGCUACCGCCCACUAGGCGUUUCAGGCUUGCCCGGAUUUUUGGGCCGUUGGAUAAUUCCAAGGGCUCGGGUAACGCGAACACAGCCCUCACAUACCACGCCGGACGCCUGCUAGCUCUAAAUGAGGCCGAUUUGCCGUACGCGGUGCGGAUUCUAUGCAGUGGCCUUGUCGAGACCAUGGGCCGGCUGCAGCUGGGGAAGUCCUGGCGUAACAACUUCACAGCCCACCCCAAGAGAGACCCCCAGAACGGUGAGCUGAUGUUCAUCGGCUACCAGAUGGACGCCAAGCCGUACGUCUCGGCCGGCAUUCUGGAUAAGCACGGCAAUCUUACACGGCAGUGGGUUGUACAGAUACCGCGGCCGGUGAUGAUGCACGACAUGGCCGCCACGGAGAGGUUCAUCGUGAUCCUGGACCUCCCGCUGUGCUUCGACCUUAAGGUCAUGAUUAAGGACAAGGCAAUGCCAAUCGUGCUGCGCAAAGAGAUUCCUUCGCGCAUCGGCCUGCUCCGCCGCGACCAGCCCAGCCGUCCGGAGGGUUAUGCCGAGGUGCAGUGGUUCGAGCUGCCAGGUCCUGGCUUUAUGGCUUUCCACGUCGUCAACUCCUGGGACGAUGACAACGGCGAUGUCAAGAUAUUCGCCUGCCAGAUGGACAAUGUAGACCUAUCUUUGGACUCCAUGAAGAGUGAGCAACUAGCCCACUUGACGGAGUACACCUUGAGUCCAUCAACUGGAACUGCGUCGAUUCGGCGGUUGUCGGAGCUGCUGUGCGAUUUCCCAGUGGUACAUCCGAACAUGGUCACCCACCCGUGCCAAUGGUCCUGGGUUGCCGUACAUGAUGCAUCUUCCAGCUUGCCUGCGUUCAACGGGAUUGCCAAGAUGAACUUGGCGGCUCCCCCAGGUUCCGACGCUUGCGUGGCCAAGGUCAAUUACCCCCCGGGUGUCCUGGGCGGUGAAGCCGUCUUCGUGCCUCGCAAUGGAGCGGUCACCGAGGACGACGGCUUUCUGGUCGCGUACGUGCACGACACCAAGACUGACACGUCGUACAUGAACAUCUACGAUGCGCGGACAAUGGCGUCUAAGCCCAUGGCGUCCUUGCUCAUGCCGCGUCGCGUUCCGUAUGGUUUCCACGGCACCUGGGUUUCGGAGGAGAAGCUGAAGAAGCAAGUGCACUGGUUCUGA